CCAAACCCUAGAGAGCGAGAGAGAGCUCCAUCAAUGGAGAAGAAGAGGCCCCGCAGCCGGGAUAGCUUCCUUCCGGCCACCGCCGAAGAGCUCCUAGCCUCGGCCGCCGACCUCAACGCCACUAGCUCUGGUAAAUCCAAACUCAAAACCCUAAUCUCGUCCCUGACCCCUUCUUCCCCCCUUCUCCCCACUCUCCCUCCUUCUCUUCACCUUGCCAUCUCCCAAUCUCUCUCCUCCUUGAAGGUAUCCUCCAAUGAAACCCUAGAUCCACUCAAAGAGCUUCGAUCGUACGCUUAUGUCGCCCAUUUAUGCUGUUUUCAUCCCAAGAAGCGAUUCGCUUCGGAAGAUCUCUUCGCUGCUGUUCGAUUGUUGCAUGAUAAUCUCGUGCUUUUCGAGUUGGAUUCUGUGCUGCUUUCUCUUGUUGCGGGUCUUUGUGAGUACUGGUGGAAGGAGGGCCUUCCCGGGAAGGAGAGUUUGAUCUCGCAAUCGCUUCCCUUCUUGAUCUCGAAAUCACUGACGCAAGGCAAGAAGGUGGAUAUCCGGAGAGUUUAUGCUCUCCGGGAUGCGUUUGUGUUAUUUGAUUAUGAGGAUGAGAGUAUUGAGGACAUGAGGCUUUUGUUGAUCAGGUGUGUGAUCACUCCAGUGUAUUUGAAGACAGAGGAAGGAAGAAAGUUCAUUUCUUUUGUGUUUGGAUUGAAUGGGCGACUCUUGAAGGAGGCUUUGGCUCUGAUUAGGUCACAGAUUCCAUUUGGGAGGAAGUCAGUGCUGGAGGCCUAUGCAGACAUUCUUUUUAGGUCGUGGAAGGGGUUGCAAGGUGAUUUAAAGGGAGAAAUGGAAGAUGGCUUUCUUCAAGGGUUGAUUGAAGGUGCGAUUCAUGGUAGUUCAAGGUCAUUUGCUGCUUCUGUUAGGAGGGUUUUGGGUGUAUUCAUUCAGCAGAGGGCUGUGGAUGGUGUUGAGAAGCUCCUAUUUCGGCUUGCAGAGCCUUUGCUCUUUCGCUCACUUCAGGUAUCUAAUUCCAAUGUUCGCCAAAAUGCGUUACUCUUACUUUUAGAUCUGUUCCCACUUGAAGAUCCAGAUGUCACUAAGGAGGCUAAGGAUAGCUUGCUUGACAAGCAAUUUUAUUUAUUAGAUAAACUAAUUUUGGAUGACUGUCCUGAUGUGAGAGCAGUUGCUGUUGAAGGCUCUUGUCGUGUUCUUCAUCUUUUUUGGGAAGUUAUUCCAUCUUCAACAAUAACAAAUAUCUUGAAGAAAAUUACUAAUGACCUAUCACAUGAUACAUGCACUGAAGUGAGGUUAUCUACAGUGAAAGGUGUUAUCUAUUUGCUUGACAAUCCUCAGAGCCAUGAGAUUAUGAAAGUUCUUCUUCCAAGAAUGGGUGGCAUGUUCACUGAUCAUGCUGUUUCUGUUCGAGUUGCUGUUGCUGAUCUACUUUUAGCUGUCAGAGAUAUUCGGUCGAUUCAAUUUCAUAAGGUGGUCAGUUUAGAUACUUUGUUGUCUGCUCUUGAAAAUGAUCACCCAAAUGUUGCUCAAAAGAUCACAAGGCUGCUUAUUCCAUCAUACUUCCCUUUAAGGGUCUCCCAUAAGGAGGCUUGUGGCCGUUGUGUAGCACUUAUCAAGAGGUCUCCUAAAGCUGGUGCAAGAUUUUGUGAAUUUGUGUUUUCUGAGGGGUCAUCUUUAAAAUCUCUUAUUGAACUUCUUAAAGUGUUUUCUGGUUUAGCUGUUUGCACUAAGGAUCUUGACCCUGAUCAGGUUGAUGGAUUCUUCGUGGCAUCUGCCAAUAUUUGUCGCAGUUUACUUACUGAGCCUUCUGGCAAGGCAACUCUAUGUGAGAUUUUUUCAGGCAAUAAGUUAAAGUGUUUGUUUGCUGCGGCAGGCUCUCCAAGCGCUAAGAAUGCUGUGUUGGCAAUAGCUUCAGUUGUUUCUCCAGAUAUUCUAGAGGAAUUUCGUGGCCAGUUUAUGACUCUAGUGACAGAUUGUGUUGGACUAUCUGAAAAUUUAGAAUUACAAUCAGUAGUUCAGACAGCUCACAAGUUAAUACUUUCUUUUGGUUGGUUUGAGGAACUGUUUGAAUCUUUAGCAAAUAUACUUCAUUCUAUUGCUUCUGGUUAUGCAAUUAAAUUUGGCUUGGAAGUUCCCCAGCAAGGUGUACAGACAGGGAAAAAGAAAAGGGUUAAGUUAUCAAUGAAAAGUCCAUUGACAACAAGCAAUUCAAGUGUCAGAGGUUCAAAAGUUUCACAAUCAAACAUGUCAAAUGCCAAAGAAGAUUUUGCCAUAGCAGCAGCAGCAGCAUGGCAGGUGAUAGUUUUGCUUAAAAAUGUAGAUACUCAAAUGGCUAUACUAAGAUCUCAAUCGCUGCAAAACACAUUUUUUGCUUUAAGAAUCAUCUCUCAAGUUGGUAUUGAACAAUGCAUGCAAUGGGAAUCUUUGGAUGCAUCUCCAAUUAUGGCCUACACAUCAUUUGCAAUACACAUAUCCUGCCAAAAUGUGAAGUCAGUUGGUACUGAAAUCUCUCAAGCUGUCAUUUUUGGCGUUUUCACACUAACUGCAAAUUCAGAUGUCCAUGGAACAGCAUUGGAUCAGUUAUUGAAUCAUCUACUCAAUUGUUUUGAGGAGCUCUUCAGGGAACCUUUCAGCAAAUAUGGCAAUUCAUGUUCCAAGGUCAGAGGAGUCUCACAACGCCGACAGUCCAAGAGGAUUGGAGCCAUGGCUACCCCAUCAAAUCUGAAUGAAGAUCCUGAGAGCAGAGCCUCUUCUACUAAAAUGGCCAAUAUACAAAACGUGGUGAAGCUGGUCACUUCAGUUUUCAAGUUAAUUGCUGAUGCUACCACCAUUGGAGUCAUCACCAACAACCAAACACAAUGUCUGAGGUUUGUGUCAGCUUGUAUGCGACAUAUAAUCUCUUUUUUCAGAAGAAUUCCUUUUAGGGACUCAUCAUACCAAGAGGAAGAUUUGAAGUAUAUAUUGGAAUACCUAAAAAGUUCCUUCACUUAUGGGGCCAAGUUACUUCAGUCAGUACUCAUUAACUCCACUGAAACAUCAGCACCACCAGAAGAGGCCUUCCAUCUCUCCAAUGAUCUUUUAGACUUAAUUGCUUCUCUUGAAUCAUAUCUUGGAUCUAGGUAUGCAUCUGUUCUUUUAUCUGUUACUAAACCAUGGCUGCCGGUUAUCAUUCUUGGACUAGGCUUCAGCAAACUACUCAUGGGGCCAAAUGAGGGACUGAAAUUAGAUAGUUUCAGUGACCGAAACUUGCCAGAAUGGCUUACUAUCUUGAGUAAGGCUGAACUAUAUGAAGUUAACAAAGCUAAGCAGAACGAUGACCAACCUGACAUGGGGAUAUUAAUCCUCAAAACGAUUAAGGAGAUGAUGCUUUUACUACUACAGAAAGGAAAUGCAAAAAUUAGAGAGGCUAUAGUGUUUAUUUUCUUGACAGCUUUGGAGUUUGGAUUUGAAAAGGGUGAUUUUGAUUUGGUUCUCGGAUUAUGUCAUUUUACUUGCAUGAAGUUGUUGGGUGGUGAAGCUCCUUCAUGUAAAGAACUUAAUGCUCGGUUACUAGAGUUAGCUUUAUGGAUAGAACGGGAAGGUUGAUGACCCUGAUGUGAAUGAAGAAGGAAAACAGAAGCUACAAAGUGCAAAAGCAAUUGUUGGAUCUAUUCCUCUACACAAGUGAUAAGUUCUGAGAGAGAAAGGUUAAAAAAUGUUGCUCACAAUAUGUGACUGCCAGUUGGUUUUCUGGAAGCAGGUCUAAGUAGUCUUUGUAUACCAAAUUGCAAUAUUACUGGAGGGAAAAUACUUUUCCCAUUAACUAGCGAGGGGAUUAUUGUGGAAGGCGGCGGUGUGGUUGAUAGACUCUUUAAUUAUUCGCAUAAUUGUUGAUGCGUUCUCAGACUUCAUCUUCUUCUUUUCAGGUCUCCUCUCUCUCUCUCGCAUUUAUGUUAACUUGAAAAAUAAGUGUAUAGUGCUGCUGAUUUUCUCUUA